CGGCCGUCCCGCAGCAUGGGCGGCCGCAGCCCCGCCGCCGCCGCCGGGCCCCGCGGGGCCGCUGUCCCGGUGCUGCUGCUGCUGCUGGGGCGCGUCGCCCUCUGCUCCGUGGUGGAGGAGAAGAAAGUUUGUCAAGGGACAAAUAACAAGCUGACGCAGCUGGGGCAUGUGGAAGACCAUUUCACCAGCCUGCAGAGGAUGUAUAACAACUGCGAGGUGGUACUGAGCAACCUAGAGAUUACAUAUGUGGAGCACAAUCGUGAUCUCUCUUUCCUGAAGACCAUACAGGAGGUUGCGGGCUAUGUGCUCAUUGCACUUAACAUGGUGGAUGUAAUUCCCCUAGAAAAUCUUCAGAUCAUCCGAGGCAAUGUGCUUUAUGACAACUCUUAUGCUCUGGCAGUUUUAUCCAACUACCACAUGAAUAAAACCCAAGGACUCCGAGAACUGCCAAUGAGACAGCUAUCAGAAAUUCUCAAUGGAGGUGUUAAAAUCAGCAACAACCCAAAAUUAUGCAACAUGGACACUGUCCUGUGGAAUGACAUCAUUGAUAUAAACAAAAAUCCUCUCUCAGUGCUUGAUUUUGCAAGGAACCUGUCUUCUUGUCCAAAAUGUCAUCCAAACUGUACCGAGAAGCACUGCUGGGGCCCCGGUGAAGACAACUGCCAGACAUUAACAAAAGUCAUCUGUGCCCAGCAGUGUUCUGGCCGGUGCAGGGGAAAGGUGCCCAGUGACUGCUGUCACAACCAGUGUGCUGCUGGGUGUACGGGACCUCGGGAAAGCGACUGUCUGGCAUGUCGCAAGUUUCGGGAUGAUGCCACCUGCAAGGACACGUGUCCCCCAUUAGUCCUGUAUAACCCCACCACCUAUCAGAUGGAUGUCAACCCUGAAGGAAAAUACAGCUUUGGAGCCACGUGCGUGAGGGAAUGUCCUCACAACUAUGUGGUGACAGACCAUGGCUCCUGUGUUCGCUCAUGUAAUACUGAUACUUAUGAAGUUGAAGAAAAUGGUGUUCGGAAGUGCAAAAAAUGUGACGGGCUCUGCAGCAAAGUGUGCAAUGGCAUUGGAAUUGGUGAGCUUAAAGGGAUUCUCUCCAUAAAUGCCACAAACAUCGACUCUUUCAAAAACUGUACUAAGAUCAAUGGGGAUGUCAGCAUUCUCCCAGUCGCAUUUCUAGGUGAUGCCUUCACAAAGACGCUGCCUCUCGACCCUAAGAAACUGGAUGUCUUCAAAACAGUCAAAGAAAUAUCAGGAUUUUUGUUGAUUCAGGCCUGGCCCAAUAAUGCUACUGAUCUCUAUGCUUUUGAAAAUCUGGAGAUUAUACGAGGCAGAACCAAGCAACAUGGCCAGUAUUCCCUUGCAGUUGUUAAUUUGAAUAUACAGUCCUUAGGGCUGCGCUCCCUUAAGGAAAUCAGUGAUGGCGAUGUUGCCAUUAUGAAGAACAAGGACCUCUGCUAUGCGGACACGAUGGACUGGCGUAGUCUGUUUGCAACUCAAAGUCAGAAAACAAAAAUUAUACAGAACAGAAAUAAAAAUGACUGUGCUGCUGCUAAGCAUGUUUGUGACCCCUUGUGCUCGGAUAUAGGCUGCUGGGGCCCAGGGCCCUUCCACUGCUUCUCCUGCAAGUUUUUUGGCCGCCAGAAGGAGUGUGUGAAAGAGUGCAACAUCCUGCAAGGGGAGCCCCGGGAGUUCGAAAAGGACUCGAAGUGCCUCCCGUGUCACCCAGAGUGCCUGGUGCAAAACUCCACCCUCUACAACGCCACCUGCACUGGACCCGGCCCAGACAAUUGCAUGAAAUGUGCCCAUUUCAUAGAUGGUCCUCACUGCGUGAAAACCUGCCCCGCGGGGGUGCUGGGGGAAAACGACACCCUUGUCUGGAAAUACGCGGACGGAAACUCUGUUUGCCAGCUCUGCCAUCCAAACUGUACCCGCGGGUGCAAAGGGCCAGGUCUUGAGGGCUGUCCAAAUGGCUCCAAAAUCCCAUCUAUCGCAGCUGGUGUUGUUGGAGGUCUCCUGUGCCUGGUCGUGGUUGGCUUGGGCAUAGGCCUGUACUUGCGGCGGCGGCACAUCGUGAGAAAGCGGACCCUGCGUAGGCUGCUGCAGGAGAGAGAGCUUGUCGAACCUCUGACACCCAGCGGGGAGGCACCAAACCAGGCUCAUCUGAGAAUUUUAAAGGAAACAGAAUUUAAAAAGGUCAAAGUUUUAGGUUCUGGAGCUUUUGGCACUGUUUACAAGGGACUUUGGAUCCCAGAAGGGGAGAAGGUUAAGAUUCCUGUUGCUAUUAAAGAGUUGAGAGAGGCUACAUCGCCCAAAGCCAACAAGGAAAUACUUGAUGAAGCUUAUGUGAUGGCUAGUGUUGACAAUCCUCAUGUUUGCCGCUUGCUGGGGAUCUGCCUCACUUCCACCGUCCAGCUCAUCACGCAGCUGAUGCCGUAUGGCUGCCUCCUCGAUUACAUCCGCGAGCACAAGGACAACAUUGGCUCCCAGUACCUCCUCAACUGGUGUGUGCAGAUCGCAAAGGGAAUGAACUACUUGGAAGAACGUCGCUUGGUGCACCGUGAUCUUGCGGCCAGGAACGUCCUUGUUAAAACUCCUCAACACGUGAAAAUUACGGACUUUGGACUGGCGAAACUGCUUGGUGCUGAUGAGAAAGAGUAUCAUGCGGAGGGAGGCAAGGUUCCUAUUAAAUGGAUGGCCUUGGAAUCAAUUUUACACCGGAUCUACACUCAUCAAAGUGAUGUCUGGAGUUACGGUGUGACAGUUUGGGAGCUCAUGACAUUUGGGUCCAAGCCAUAUGAUGGGAUCCCUGCCAGUGAAAUUUCCUCUGUCUUGGAGAAGGGCGAGCGUUUGCCUCAGCCGCCUAUCUGUACCAUCGACGUGUAUAUGAUCAUGGUCAAAUGCUGGAUGAUUGAUGCCGACAGUCGUCCCAAGUUUCGUGAACUGAUAGCAGAGUUCUCCAAAAUGGCCCGUGACCCUCCACGCUAUCUCGUUAUACAGGGAGAUGAAAGGAUGCACUUGCCCAGCCCCACGGAUUCGAAGUUUUAUCGCACCCUGAUGGAAGAGGAAGACAUGGAAGAUAUAGUGGAUGCAGACGAAUAUCUCGUUCCACACCAGGGAUUUUUCAACAGCCCCUCAACAUCCCGGACUCCGCUCUUGAGUUCAUUGAGUGCUACUAGCAACAAUUCUGCCACAACCUGUAUUGACAGAAAUGGGCAGGGACACCCGGUGAGGGAAGACAGCUUUGCCCAGAGGUAUAGUUCAGACCCAACAGGUGCUUUCUUGGAGGACAGCAUAGAUGACAGCUUCCUGCCUGCUCCAGAGUAUGUAAACCAGUUGAUGCCCAAGAAACCAUCUGUGGCAGCGGUCCAGAAUCCGAUCUACAACAACUGCUCUCUCACGGGAAACUCAAAGCUCUCCACGGACUCAGGCUACCAGAAUUCCCACAGCACAGCCAUGGACAACCCCGAGUAUCUCAACACCAACCAGUCUCCUCUGGGCAAAACAUCCUUCGAGGGCUCUCCGUAUUGGAUCCAGGCAGGCAAUCACCAAAUAAACCUGGACAAUCCUGACUAUCAGCAGGACUUCUUGCCGAAGGAAAACAAACCUAAUGGUCUCUUGAAAGUUCCUGCAGCAGAAAACCCGGAGUACUUAAGGGUAGCAGCACCAAAAAGUGAAUACAUUGAAGCCUCAGCAUGACCAUAGAGAAUUUCUUCUUGCAGCAAGGCAAGCCAGACUCAUGGUGAAUCACCUGGCUGCUGCAAGAACAGACUCUGCACAGAGCGAAUGGCAACUGCAGUGCAUCAACAAGCACAUCUUUCCCUUCCAGCAUGCGGGCUGAAAUUGCGAAGAUCAUUUGACAGUAUGAUUUGGGUGUUUUCUUGCCCAUUUCCAUGUAGUAACUUAGGCCCAUACGCUGCACUUGGAUGCAUGUUGGAGUAGAGUGAGAUCUUCCUGUACAGAAGAAAAAGCAGAUGCAUUCCUUUCAUUUUCAAAUGGUAGCAUUGUAAAAGCCAUUCUGUGAUGAACUUGAGAGCUGCACACAUUGUACAGUCAAAUUCCUUUCUACAGUGCAUAUUUUUAUAAAUGUUUCUAACAGAAUUUUUGGAUCUUUUACAAGAUCAGAUGCUUGUACUGCUGGUCUGUUAUGUGGUGCUCAGAUCAUCAACAAGGAAAAAAAUGAUGUUAUUAAAUACUUUUGAGAAGAGUUUUCCAAAAGUCCUGGAACAUAAAUAGUUAUUCCAAACCAUCGGAUUUUUUUACAAAUUAGCUCCGUAUACCACUUCUUGGCAUGAACAGGAAAAAUGUAUCUGGGGAUGUACGGGAGAUUCUGUUCACAGAAGUAUGAAGUGGAUCACUCUGGGGAAAACUGGCACAAGGACUGAAUGGCAGGACACAUCACCUUCUGACCACUAUUGCUAAAAACUGACCGGAGGAACUCAGCUCAAAGCCCUUUAUAAAUGUUUCUAAAGUGCUCACUAGUCUGCUUUCUGAUGGUCACACAUGAGACCUUUUUUUCUGAUCCAUUAUGCAGCUGUAGAGUUGUCAAAAAUGCCUUUUUCUUUUUUUAACAAAACUGUUAAAGAUGUUGCCGUAACUGAAAAAUGAAGUGUCAAAUAACAUUUAACAGACUUUAAUUAAAUGUCAAGGAAAUGCAAAUGGCAAAUUGGAGCACUCAUGAGACAGACAGGCUGAAAGAACUACAUUAAAUUAAACUUGACUAGGGCAAGAAACACAGGUAGCUCUAUCCAAGCAGUUUUAUUUCCCUUCUUAAAGUAGCUCAGAGCAGGAAUCAUUUUUCUGCAUACGUCUGGCAAAGAAAGGGGCACAACCAUGUUACACUUUUCUGACCUCAAGGCAGUUGCUGCCAAUUGCUGUAUCAUUGUAGGGCAGAGACCAGGGCUGUUUGCCUGACUGUACCUGUCCCACGGGGGUAACCACUUAUCCUGGCAGUGCAGAAGUGCCAGGAGAAUGAAAUAGGGAAAGGAAGAAAAAUCUGGCAUGAUGGAAAAUGUCACUGUCCUCUUCUGAAGCACAGGGCUGCCUACUGCUCCUUUAAAUACCCGGCCUCAUCUCCUGUUAUCGCAGUGCAAUAGGCAGACUAGCCAAGGCAAACAUUUUAGCUUAAUAAUAUAAAUAUACUGCGUUCCGAUGGUGUGUAAAUCAUGGUAGCAGAAGAAGCUGCUGCUUCGAGGGGCCUGUGUUAGGGAACGUGAGGGCCUUUCACCGUUAACAUUUCUUAUGAACAUAGUGGGAGUAAACUGCUUCAAGCGCGAAUUUAGUGAGUAAUUUAGAACCAUCCCACCGCCAGUUUGGCAGUAGUAUUUUAAUCAAAUCAUUAGAUCAGAAAUGAAAGGCACAUUUGGUGAUUUUUGUACUAAGGCCUUUAUCUAGCCAAGUGUUAGGAAUUUGCUUGACAUAGUAUAAGCAGCUGAGCUGCAGAGGAUCUGUAGUAUUUUUUGAGGGGCAAGAAAUUGUCAAUUCUAUGCUGCCAGUAUGUUUUGAAUAUUGCAGUAUGUACUUCAGUUUACAUAUUGCAUCUGGAGUCUAGGAUCAAGCAGAAAAUCCUUAGAAAAAACAUAGUUUUUGCAGAUUUAUUGAGGAUUGAUGGAAAAGAAUAAUCAUGUGAAAUGACCUCUUUAAAAGUAAUGCAGUGUAAAAUGCAUUUAUGGCUUGUGCGUGUGCAGUAGUUCAUCAGCCACACAGCGGUCUGGGUUAGUGCAGUGUAUCUGGUCAAAACCCAGAGGUUGUCCUGUUGUGCUGUUUGGUACAUCCGUGUCACAGUGACCAAGGCCCCAUCACAGCCUUAUGGAGGAUGCAGUGUUCGACUUUGAUUAUUACUGGCUGGUAUUCAAAACAUAAACUAGAAUCUAGUUCCCACGUCCAGUUAACGGCAGAUUUCUCCUUGCAUUCCUCAGAGCAAAUUUGUUGUGCUGCUCUCCUCAGCGUGCAACAUGUACACGCAGGCAGUGCCGCUUCUCUGCCCGCACUGCCCCAGAAAAAAUAUGUAUAAAAUCCAAAAAUAUUUUAACAGAAAUCAUGGGAAUUUUAUCAGUUUGCUAAAUCUGUUACGUCUCCAGGCAAAACACUGGAAAAUUAUAGCAUGCAAUGUUUUCCUACAGAAUCUAACACUAUUAUGCAGAAGAAUUUAUUAAUAUUUUAAUUAUUUGAAUCUGUUAUCUAAAACAAACAAACAAAAAAGAAGUAGCAGUAUGUAUCACCAGCAUUAUGUAGCAUGAAAACUAUUUAAUACAGAAUAAUAUGCUUGCCUUUUUAAAACAAUUUAUGAGGGAUUCAGUAACAACUCUUUAUUAAAACCACGGAGACUCAUUUAAAAACUCAGAAAUGUAAGUCCAAAAAAAUCUUCCUUUUUUGAAUGUACUGUCUGUGUUGCGAAAUAUAGGAGAGAGGAUGCAGAAACCACAAGCUCUUGAUACAAAUGUACAAGACUCCAGAUUUAUGGGCUUAGCAAUACUGUAAAAUAAUUCUCGUAAAUACGCAUCCUCUAAGCUGUGAUUUGCAAACAGGCAGCUCAGUAACGAUUAGAAAGCUAGCAAAAAUAAGAAGUGGGCAGUGCGCUGUAGCCUGUGGGGCACUGCCUCCGGGGCAGAUCCGGUGGCACUGGGAGUGGAGGGACUGCCCAGCGGUACUGCUCUUGCUGGAGGCAUAGGGGCUCUGCUGGCUGGUGCCGACAGGGCUAAGAGACAUUAGCAAGGCACCAGAUUAUUUCCUCUGAUGACAAAAAAUCAAUAUGCAUCUGAAAUGAUCUGGUUUUCCCGCUGUAGCUCACAGACCAUGUAGCAGCAAGGAGCCCACUGCAGCUCAUGGGUGCUCAGAAGGACCAAUGCGGUUACGCAGCGGUUUCAUGGUGCUCAUGGGAUCUUGCUGGCGCGGCGUUGUAUGGAUUUCAGGCUACUCGAAUGGGGCAUGAACCUUGUGUUUUUACUAAGAUGAGCGAAAUAAACAUGCUGCAUCUUGAGAUCUUACAUAAAUCAUCAUCCAAAUAUAACUUGAAAGUUCUGCAGUUGUCUCUCAGGAGCUGUGGGUAUAAAAUGUUGGUUUUUAAAGUACAGCUAAACAGGGAAAUGUAGCAGGCCACAGCCACUUUUAAAAGCUAAAUCUUACCAAUAAAGAAAAUAAAAAUUUUCAUUUUUACUGUAUUUCUCAUGGAAGACAAAAUGACACAACUUGUAAGUUAGAGUGUUUAGCAUGUCUUAGUCAUUGGAGUAGCAGUUAUUAGGGAGCUAUUUUUGUAAUAACAAUUUAAGUGCGACAGACUCAGAGACUUUCAAUAACUGCAAAGUAUGUGGAAAUAAGUCACAGUCUUCAUGCUACCUUGAUGUUUUUCAGUGAUCUGUGUACUUUACUUCAUUUGGGCCUUAGGUUGUUUUGUUUUGCUCUAAAGGGAGUUGUCUUGGGAAAUUUCCUUCGUGUUGCAGUGUAUCUUGUAGAGCAAAUUCAUCGGCGAGCCCAGUGACUUGCUCUUGCUUCCAGCUGACAGGCAGCAAUGUGAUGAGAUUUCUAGUGAGAGUCGUUUGAAAUAGGUGACAUGCAUCAUAGAUUUGGAGUGCCUAAAGGUGAUUUACUGUCCCCUCAUGUCAUAUUAGGCUAGCCACGUGAAGCCUCGACAUUAGAAAAUGCAGUUCUGUGGUUUAUUUGAAAGGAGAGGGCUCUUAUAGGGAGAACACUGCCAGGGGCAGGGGUGCAGCCGUACUCGAUACAGAUGCCAAAUUUGCCAAGGGACAUCAGUGAAGUCAUUGACUUUUACUGCAGAGCAGAGGUGGGAAUAGCUGUACUGUCGCUACGGCUGGCUUGAAGCUAAAUAUGCUGCACUUCUACAGCGACUGCUGUGCAAAGCCCAAUGCGCUCGGGCUUUGCACCACGGGGUGAAUUUUCCCCAUGCCUGAAGGACACAGCUAGGAGUAUUGCAGUGUAGUAGGACCACAGACGGUUUAAGCAGCUCCCAUCAACGGGUGCCUGGGGGGGUCCUCGGUCCGUCUGGAGGUGCUUCAGGGUGUCAGCGAGGAACUUUGCAUUUCCUGACGAGCGCUCAUUUUUCAGCUUCAGAGUUCAACAUCCUCUAUUAGCAUGACUGCUGCCUCUCCAAAUGAGCAGCUGCAGUUACUCUGGCUUUUAUUUCCCCCUGCAUUUCUCUGUGAGAAAACAUUUGAAUCAGGACAAAGUAUGUACUUGUAUCCUCCCUCCUGAUGAAAACAGUAUAUUGAUGAAAUUUCAAACUCUGUGUAUAACUUAGCAAGAAUGCUUUGUAAUGUUUUAGCACCACUAAUCAAAAUUUUUAUAUUGGAAUCCCAUUUUCUAUCUUUGCUUUUGUAAGUUUUAUUUGUUGGUUCUGACAUACAACUUUUUAAAGAGCCUUUUUUAAAAAAUAAAUUAAUAGAAAGAAAGUUCAUACAAAAGGAAAAAAAGACACCUUCAAGUAGCUUUUUAAAUGGGCUGCAUUAGGACCAAAGAUAUAAUGUCUUAUUUUCUUGCUUUAAAGUAAUAUGGUAUUGAUGACCACUUCCACAACAUCCCAUUUACAGGAAAAAGCUAUAGAUCUCUGUUCUUCCUUGGGAUCUGGCCACAGCACCACUAAGCCAGGGGGGCUUGACUUGAGGAUGAGGCCUGUCCAUUGAAAACAACGCCAAAAAUCAGGACCUGGUGUUUCUUCAGGGCCACGUCUGGAGUCUUUACUUUGAUUCAUUCUCUACUCACAGAACACCCGAACAAGGAUAUGGUUAGGAAAAUGAAAAAAAUACAUUAUGUUUGGGCUCAGCAUCAGGAAAAAAUAAAAAGCUGUGAAGAUGAUACAUGAUUAGAUAACUUUUUUAACUGAGGAAGUGUGUAGGCAGGCAGCGAGACUUUAAGAUGAUAACACUUCUGGUUACGUAUUACUUGAAUUACGUGGGGGAGUUGAAAUCACGACACUUUCAUGACUGGCUUUACCUCCCGCCACAUGCUCUGCCUACUUUCGACACUGUGUGUAUUUCCAGAGCAUCUGUAUUACCAUGGCCUUGCGGCCUGAGACCUGCGGCUCAUUUCUGUCGGUAAGUGGUACUGCGUAUGAGUCCUUUAUUUUUUUACAUGGGAAGCUGAAUGCAACAGGGAGAGAAGUGCAGAGAUUUUAGGCUGUGCCUCAGUUAGCAGUCAAGCAAAUCCUCGGUAGCAUCAGAGAAAAGGGUUUCCGGAACAAAGAGAAUGGGGGACCUAGCUGGCAAAAACCGUGUUGCUUCCGAUGCCACUGAGGUCAAUGGCCAAACACGGGCAGCCAAGAUUGAGGCCUGCGUGUUCGCUCUCAUCCUUGUUUGUGUUCAGCUGUGUCACAGAUGAGGCUGUCUAGACGCAAGGCUGCUUGGGCUUUGUGGUCUCUCUGUAGCUCUCUCCUUGAAGUAAUGCGUUUUCCGAUUAAUAAGGUGAAAAAUCAAAAAUCAAAACCAUAGCUGUGGACCUAAUGGCUGGACUUGUGGAGGAUUUUGUCCUGUGUAGCUGAUACGGUACAUUAUUUCCAGUCGCUCUGGAAUUUAUCCCAAUCAGCCUCCCAGUCUCUCAUGAUUUAGCUGAAGAGUGUGGAUUUUCAAACACCAUCAAUGUUAUCCUGGUAUUUGAAGAAAGGGAAUACGUGAAGUAGUUGCCUACGAUGAUAAGGGAUUUGGCUCACAUACCUGGAAGGUUCCUUUCUGACCCUGUGUUCCUAACAUCGCUUCCCUUGAAAUUAAGAGAAAGUUUAAUUUGAUUUCAUCAAGAGUAUAAAAUGAGGCUAAUGUUGAGUGAUUUUGAAAAUCCCUCACAAUAAUCAGAGAUCCUAUGGAUCCACUGCCCAUUUUAGGCUGCUUUGUAUUGAUGCAAUCAACUGAGUAUAAGGAAUAAUGUCUUGGUUUUAAUAAACUAUCAAGCAAUAUAUCCAUAAAUGCAAACAGUACCCUUGCAGCAUUGUACAGUUACUCAACUAUGAAAGCACUAUUUGUACAAUAAGAAACUCUUGACUUUUCUAUGGUUUAAUGGUUUAUACUGUUGAUCAAAGAUUGUUUGUAUAUUGAGCGAUAAAAAUGAGGUGUAUAUUAUUCUUUUUAAUUGUUUUUAAUUUUUGGAGAACAUUUAUUGUAAUAUACUGUUGUAUCUGGGGGCAGAAGAAAUCACAGUGGCUAGCUUGUAGGGUUUUUAGCCAGAGAAGAACUUAUGUUAAGGUUUCUUUACUGAUGGACAUAGAAUUUUGUAAAAGUUGUCACCUUGGGGAUUUAUCCAGAGCUUAGCAAAGGUAAUAACAGGACCCUUUCCUCUCUCCAAGACUCUUUGGAUCUCUCUCCAUGCUCCACGCUAGAGUUUCAAACUGUGAGCUAUGAAACAGUUAACAAUUCUGACCAUUGCAAGUGCAAUAUGAAAGCCCAGGUGCUGUUUAUCAAGGCACUAAUAAAAGCUGCUCUUUUGAAAUACGUGGCAGGUUCUCACUGCAGUUUUAUGACGAACAGAAGCACAGUCAACACAAUCCCUCAAGUUCAGAUCCACGUGACAUUUGGAUUAUAAGGCCAUUCUUUGGCCAUCUGUGAAUUGUAUAAUUGUGAGUUGUGCAACAGCAACACAGCAGGACUCCUUGAUAAGGAAAUGCAAAGUCACACUCCUGCAAAACGUAGAUUCUACCAUUAGAAGCAAAGGAGUACAUGGGAAAGCUAUGAACUUUUAACUUUAAUGCAGUAUAGGAAAGAUGUGUGGAAGAACAGUUGUACUACACUAGCAAGAAAGAGAAAUUCUGUGAGCAAAGCCAGUCAAGUGAAGCCCAAGGGUCCCCUGAGUGUUCAUGUUUAAUAAUCUAACAGGUGGGAUUCAUAGCAGACAAAGAAGGAAUUACGGGGUCCUAAACGUAGUUGAGAUUUCUGUGAAGUGUUUGGGAGGAAAAGAAGUGUUAUCUCUCUGUGCUCUAGAAGCACAAUACAUUGGGUUGACAACACAGUAGAGAGAGGAGCUGGAACUGUCAGUACACAUUCAGCCUGGAUAAGUCCCUAGUAUCGUGAUUAGUAAAGUAAAUCUUUUUUGUCUUUAUAGAUGAACUUUGUACACAGAAAAAAAGCCACUACCGCACCUUUCUCAUUUUCAUCUUUCCAUCCAGUCCCUUCCUAUACGUAGGCUGCAUGCUUUACCAACUCAACUUAUUUUAUGCAGAAACGAUGUAGUCUUAAUCUCCAUAUUACCGGUUCUCAGAAAUGUCUAAUGCGUAUUAAUGCAUGAUAUUUUUAUUUUAAUAAAAGUAAUUAAAUACA